AGCUAUUUAGUAAGUAAAACUACUUCAAGCAAUGAAGUUGUGCGGUUGAAAGUUACGGCCAUUUGUAAGCUAAAUUAUGCCAUACCGUCAUGUCCUUGCACUUGAAAACAAUAAUCGUGAUAGUUUUACUUAUCUCUCAAUGGCCACUGUGUUUGGCUCAGACACUGCCUUCAUUUAGGAUAAUAGCUCCUCAGACGAUUUGUAAACAUGAAAAUAAUGGAAGUCUAACGAGUAGCCCCCAAGCUGUUGUUGUUGGGCUGCAACCUAGAGAUGGUAUGAAACUUUCAUACAAAGUAAGAAUAUUCUUCAAAUCCACCCCUAACCGAGUUAGAUCCCAAAGGAACACUCUCUUAGUCUGGAAGGCUAUACGCAGUCUAGAGAAUCGCCUCAACGUCAAGGAACGAAUACAAAUCUCAAAGCAGAAUAUGUUUUCAAUUAACAAAACCGAAGUUGAACCAGGGGUUAUUUACAUGUUCCAUAUUGUGGGCAUCACAGACGCAGGAGAGGUCAGCAAACAACAACUAUUCACUAUGAAAUAUACGGAUGGCAUGUUGGAACGAAAUGAAACUCAAGCCGGAUUAAAUUUUCUUCUGAUUGGAGCUGAAAGUACUGUCGCCAGUAUUCCUUAUACCAUUACAGCUCGGGUGUCCUUUUGUAAGCCACGUUAUGAUUACUAUCUGAGAUGGAAAAUGCUUGGAUUGGAUGAGGAAUUUCAGGAUCUUCUUCACACAACAGGAACUGUGUUGAAAAUUCCGGCAAAUUCCCUCAUUGCAGGAAAGGAGUAUGAAGUUCAAGCAGCUGUCAUACAAUCAGAUAAUUCCAUCGAACUAGCGCAGGUAUUUACACAAAUGAUUGCAUUUUCAAACAAAAACACUUUCAUUGAUUGUAGGGGGGAGGGGGGUGAUAUGAGGCCUGGUCAUAGGUAAUUUAACAAGUUCAUAACAUUUCGUUCUUUUUCAUAAGUUCGUAUAAUGCUAUCGAUUUUCGAUUUAUCUAUUUGAUAAAUAAAGUACUGACAUUAACCUUUGUUGCAUAAAUUAGUCGCAAGGAAGUCUUUAGUUACAUACCCUA